AUGGACGCAUCGCCACUACCGGGUCAUCCAGAACCCCUAUUUGGCGACGAUAUGUUACCUCUACCUGAGAUGAUGUUUGCGGCGGGUGAAGAACCGGUUGGAGUUAGAGUUCUUACUUACCAGUCCUCCAGAUCCAUUAAUCACAUCCUUGAAUCGCUGGAAGACGAUGAGAUCCAGACAUUAAGGAUGUCCCCCUUUUGGAAGAUUGUGGAGAUAAGCGAGAAACCAAGUUUCUCUGGAAGAUUUGCUCGAUUCAUGCUUUCACGGUUUUCGAUUCGGGAGUUUGCAAUUGUUACGGGUCUAAACUGCGGGGAAUAUCCAAAAAAUUCCAAAAGGAAUGCGAAGGUGAAGAGAAAGGCAAAACCGUAUUGGCCGGAGUUAUUUGGCAGAAGCGAUGAGCUUCGGGUAACAACAGCUUUGAAAAAUCUCCGGAGAAAAACGAUAACAGAUAAAGAAGUGAGGAUUAAGUUGGCAUGUCUGGCGAUCGUGUCUUCGGUCCUACUAGCUACGAACUUGAAGAUGAAGAUGAUUAAGGAACAUGCAGAUACAAUGGUUGACUUGGAAGAGUUCUUUUCCUUUCCAUGGGGUCGCCUAGCAUUUGAAAUGCUUAUGGGGAGUAUAAAACAACGAAACGAGGUCUCGUUAUCAACCGAUACAAUUGCUGUAAAAGGUUUUGCCUUGGCUCUGCAACUGGUUAUGGUCGAGGCUGUACCAGCUCUUACCGAAGUGUUUCUGGAAAGUUACUCAUCUUCUGACUCAGACAGCUCCAACGAUGGAGAUGAUUUCUUUCAGAAGAAGAACAGACAGAAAACACUGAGCCCCGGGCAUGCGCGAGACCUAGACAAAACAAAAGAUGUUGUAGUAAGAAGCAUAAUCCCUGAGGAUCCGGAUAGACCCAUAAUCGCUGAAUCUCUACAAUGGGAAGACGAGGUGAUGGACGUGAAAGUCGAUAAUCUGUUAAAGCUUAUAGCUCAAGGGCAGAGGGGGGGGAAGCGGAAGAGGAAGAGUAUACCUGUGAAAGAAAAAGAAACGGACGAGGAGAAGCGUAUCGCUUCAAUUGUUUCGUCGAUGCUGCAAAGUGAGUUUGAGAGAGUCGAUGCAAGUGUAGCCAACGCCGUUUCAUUGUCGGAUAAAACAGCAAAGGAAGUGGAAGCCUUAGAGAGAAGGAUAAUGGUAUCCAUUCAAAAUGAGCUUCAAAACUUCAAAGAAGAAGUCAUCCGCUCUGUCAUGGAAGUCCACAACAAAGCAAACGGGAGAACAGUUACGACGGGGCCCAACGUGAAUAGUUCGAACAAUGAAGUGCGAGAAGGUGAUAACGCCGUGCCUCAACGUGACCCUUACGCGGCUGACCGAGGAGUAGAUGCGAGGACAUCUACAGCGGCAAAUCCGGCUUCGCCUAUCCCUUAUGUUGUGCAGCCAAACGUCCCAUCCUCGCAUGAUCCCCCUUUAUCAGCUACUAGUGAAAACAAUGGAUCUACCAAAAUAGCGUCAGGAGGCGUUCAGAUUGGGAACACAGUUCAUCAACCGAUAAGCAGAGAUAUGUCUGAAGGGUCAAAUCACGAUAUGCCCACUCGGUCGUACAAUAGUCACGCUAUUAACCCUCCCGCAGCUGUGGUGGCCUCUUCAUCUGCUCGUUUGAGAGAAGAGCAGAACCCCCUCCCCUAUGCGACUGGAUUCGUACAAAGUAUGGACACACGGGCAGAGCAUGGAGAGGAAGAUUCAAAUGAGGAGGCACUUCUACCUCCGUCAUCGCCCAAAACCAAGCGCCAUAAGACUCUCCCAUCGGAUGCCGUGAUAGAAACCAACCCUCGGAGUGAGAAUCUUACCGUUAAUCCACCUGCUGCUAAUCCUUUCAAUGCGUACUCCGACAUUGACGUAGUAAUGUCUAAAUAUACGAAGCUCUGUCAAAAAUUAAGCCAGUCAUUUGUUAUAAACGUCGCCGGUCUGGCUGUGACGUCGACGUACUUAACAGCAAUUGCAGAACUUAAGCAUUCGCUGCCAGCUAGGGUUAUUGACAUCUUGGUGAGGUUUGUUCGUACGACAUACAAGAGGGAAGUAAAUUCCAGAUCAGAGAGAAACCCACUGUUCCUGGACACUAGAUAUGUUGCGUUGAUGUGCAAACAUUAUGAGAAGUUCGAGCCGUCUAAAUCACCAGAUUCCUACAAUUUCCCGAAAGAUCUACUGCAGUUUCUUUGUAGUGACGACACAACGACGCCACCAUUCACGCAUUACUAUUUCCCGUUUGAUCUUGGGAACAAACAAUGGAUCGGUGUCUGUUUUGACUGCGCGGCUUGGAAGAUUACAGUUCUAGAUUGUAAUCUAACGGUCGUGUCUGAUUCUGAGAUGGCGAUUAAGCUACAACCGUUUACUCAGAUGAUCCCGGCACUUCUGAAUCGGAACGGACGGGAACCGACGAUUGCUUGUGAAUUUGGGGCAGUGUUCGAAAGGCCCACAGGGAUACAUCAAAACAGAAUCCACGCACACUCCGGGGUAACAGCAAUCUUGAUGAUGCAGUCACAUGCGAUGUUUGGGAUAGACGGCUGCAGGUCUAUCACGCCUACUCAUGUUAAAGCCGAAGCAAAACGUAUUGUGGUGAUGUUGUAUGAAUUACACCAGAAGCUUUAG